AUGUCUCUCACCACCCCCCUCUGCAAGCUGCUUCAAAUCCAGCACCCCAUCCUCCUCGCCGGCAUGGCUCGCGCCUCAAGCGCGCCCCUAGCAGCAGCCGUCUCCAACGCGGGCGGCCUCGGCACAAUCGGCGGACUAGGCUACACGCCCGAACAGCUCUCCGAAAUGCUAACGGAGCUCAAAGCCUCCCUACGCGACCCCUCCCUACCCUUCGGCGUGGACCUCGCCCUGCCCCAAGUCGGCGGCAGCGCGCGCGCCACAAACCACGACUACACGCACGGCCAGCUCGACGAGCUCAUCGACGUGGUGAUCGCGCACGGAGCGCGUCUCUUCGUCUCCGCCGUGGGCGUGCCCCCCGAACGCGUCAUCAAGCGGCUGCACGACGCAAACAUCCUCGUCAUGAACAUGGUGGGCGCCCCCAAGCACGCCGAAAAGGCCUUCAAGCUCGGUGUGGACAUUGUGUGCGCGCAGGGCGGCGAGGGAGGCGGGCAUACAGGCGACAUCCCGUUCUCGGUGCUGAUCCCUGCCAUCGUUGACGUCGCUCGGAAUUACAAGAGCCCGCUGACGGGGCAGCCUGCGCUGGUAGUCGCGGCGGGGGGCGUCAACGACGGGCGCAGUCUGGCCGCGUCGUUGGUGCUGGGCGCUGCGGGUGUGUGGGUCGGCACGCGGUUCGUCGCGUCGAAGGAGAGCGGCGCGAGCCAGAUGCACAAGGAGGCGGUUGUGGGAGCGCAGCUGGGGGAGACGACGCGCACGCUGGUUGUGUCUGGCAGGCCGCUGCGGAUGCUGCCGAAUGAUUACAUCAAGGACUGGCAUAAGCGGCCGCAGGAGAUUGCGGAGUUGACGGCGAAGGGGAUCGUACCUAUUGAGCAUGACUUUAAGAAUGAUGUUGAUAUUGACAUCCCGUUCUUGAUGGGCGAUGUGUCGGGCAUUAUCAAGGAGAUUAAGCCUGCGGGGGAUAUCGUGCGCGAGAUGGUUCAGGAGGCGAUUGUGUCUUUGAACAAGGGGGUUUCGUUUGUGGGGGCGUCGAGUAAGCUGUGA